ACUGGGAGGUGGGCGGCUGCUGGGCUCCGAAGCGGGAGGCUUGACCAGGGUGGACUCCCCGGCGUCGAGGACCCGCGGCGAUGGCUCGGACAAGUCCCAGCGGUUGCUCCUCUGAAGGGAAUGGCGCGUAGCCCGGGGGAGCAGGAGCCUGUUGUGGGCGGAAUUCAGAUGAGCCGGUCGGUCGGGGCUGGGAAGGAGCUGCAGGCAGCCCCCCCAGCCUGGAGAUGGCACCAAAGACCAAGAAGGGACUGAGAGGCUCCAUCGCUGAUGUCCUCGGUGACCUCCUGGCGGAUGAGAUGACACCACCUGAGAAGCCCGUCCAGCUCGCGUCGCAUGCCAGAGAUAACACAGGCGGAGCGCAGGCGCUCCCUUCUGCAAGGCCCAGAGCAAAGUCCCUCCUGGAGAACGAUGCCUACGGCGCCGUGGCAGGCCCGGCGGGAGCUGACGCCGAGGUGUCGGACGUCUCCGAGGCGGACCCGCAGGCUUUGCUCCAGGCGAUGAAGGAUCUGGACGACAUGGAUGCCGAUCUGUUGGGUCUGAGGAAGGCUCACCCAGCUUCUGGCAAAAGCCCUACAAAGGGUUCUGGGAAGGAAGAGCUGCCUAGCACCCCCAAACCUGCUGGUACGUUACCAGCCACUGAGAAGGGGGGUGCCGUCCCCAGCGUGAAGCCGUCUCCGUCUCCCGGCAGCUCUGGGCAUCAGCACAAGAGGUUUUCUUUUGAAGACGCGGAAGACCCGCUGGCAGGACUUCUCUCUGAGGACGAGGAAGGGGUCGCCAAGAAGCCGCCUGGGACCGAGAGUAAAGCUGCUCCCGAGAAGAGCCCCGCCCUAGCCGGAGAUCGAGGUCCCUCCGUUCCUCUGACUCCUGGGGACACCCCCGUCCGGAAGAAGGAAGACCUGUUCUUUGACGAUGAGGAUGACCUCAUGGCCGCCCUGGGGUUUGGAGACAGCCCCAAAGCAGAGAGGAGGCCAGCGGGAGCCCAGGGAGGGCCCCGCCCCGCUCGCUCCAAGCUGGAUGAGCUGCUGGGCCGAGGCUCCGCCUCCAGACACCUGGCCCGUCCAGACCCCGGGGCGCACCGGGAGUUCAAGCUGGACGGGAAGUACCAGAGGUCACAGGACAAAGAAGACAGUUGGGGCAACGAGGACUUCGUCUUCGGGGCCUAUCAGCCCACCGUGGGCUCCUCCGAGGGCCGGCAGUCCCGCCGGCCGUCAGUCAGCAGGUUCUCAGCAGAAGGUGGCACAGACCUCAAGGGAGAACCAGGCUCCACACAGAGCACCCCGGCGACGACCAGCCCCCCCCACCCCAGGAAGGGAGGGGCUGACUGGUUGGGCCUCAAGGACGAAGACGAGGACCCGCGCCCCCCCUCUCCCACCAGAGAGCCUCGAAGGGGGGGCUCUGCGCUCUCCACCCCCUUCGUGCCCCAUCCUGAGGACCAGCCUCCUGCUCCGGGCCAGCACUCCGCCCCGGCAGGGCUGCCCCCCUCCUCCACGGGGGCCGAGCCGCCACCCGAGGGCGCUGGCGCCCCUGCCAAAGCCAGCCGGCCUUCCCAGCUGGGAGCGUCUGCGGAGACGGAGGAGGAGGACUGGCUGAGCCAUGCCUUGUCUCGGAAGAAGGCCCGAGGCCUGGCCAGAGAAGAGCACGCUCUGACCUCGAAGGGCCUGAACCGGGAGGGGGCUGCGGGCCGAUCCCCCUCCGGCAGCCAGCCUGUUGCCGACACUCAAGGGCUCCAGCAGGCAGCUGCCGAAGGGACCUCAGGACCAGCAGUGCAAAAGCCGCCUGCCCAGCUGGCCACCGCGGGGCCCUCGGUGACAUGGAACCCAGCCACCUUGGCCCUCCAUGCAGGUGACUCAAAGAAGGGCCCAGCCCCUGGCGAUGUUUCUGGCACCGAGCCUGCACUGCAUUUCCUGAGCUCCCAGGAACCCACGGGGCUUUCUGCGCCUGUCCAGUUCCCGCUCCCGGAGGCCCUGGCACAGCACUUGCCGCCGGACGCAGAGUAUCAGAGGCGGCUCCUGGCUGCCCGGGUGCAGCUUCAGAGCGGCACUGCCGAGCUGCAGGCCGAGCUGCUGCAGAGUCAGGCCCGGCUGGCAGAGCUGGAGGCCCAGGUGCGGAAGCUGGAGCUGGAGCGCACCCAGCACAGGCUGCUGGUGGAGAGUUUGCAGCAGCGACACCAGGCUGACCUGGAGCUCAUCGAGAAUGCCCACAGAAGCCGUGUCAAGGUGCUGGAAGCCUCGUACCAGCAACGGGAAGAGCGGCUGCGGAGAGAGAACGAGGAGCUGUCUGCGCAGUACUUGUCUCACUGCCGGGAGGCCGAGCAGGCCCAGACCGAACUGCUGGCCCAGCACCAGCGGCGCCUGGCAGCGGCUGCGCAGGAGAAGGACCAGGAGAUGGAGCGGCUCCGGGAGCUGCAGCGGGCCUCCAUCCUGGAGAUGCGCAAGGACCACGAGGAGCAGCUGCAGCGGCUGAGGCUGCUGAAGGACCGAGAGAUCGAUGCUGUCACCAGCGCCACCUCGCACACAAGGUCCCUGAACGGCGUCAUCGAGCAGAUGGAGAAAUUCUCCAGCAGCCUGAGUGAGCUGUCCUCCCGCGUGGAGGCCUCGCACGCCACCACCGCCCAGGAGUGGGAGCUGGGCAUCCAGCAGCGAGACAGGCAGCUCCGAGCUUUGCAGGAGAGGCUGGGCCACCAGCAGCGGGACAUGGAGGAGGAGCGGGGCCGGCUCCAGGAGGUCAUCGCCAAGAUGGAGGCCCGCCUGAACGAGCAGAGCCGGCUGCUGGAGCAGGAACGCUGGCGGGUGAGCGCUGAGCAGUCCAAGGCGGAGUCCACGCAGCGCGCCCUGGAGGAGCAGAGGAGGGUCAAGGCCCAGCAGAUGGCCAUGGAGCGCGAGGAGCUGGAGAGGGCCAAGAGUGCCUUGCUGGAGGAGCAGAAGUCCGUCAUGCAGAAGUGUGGGGAGGAGCGGCGGCGCCUGGCAGCUGAGUGGGCCGAGUUCUUCGAGCAGCAGAAGCUGAGUAAGGAGAGGGCCGAGCGAGAGGCGGAGCGAGCGAUGCAGGUGGACACCCAGCGGGAGGGCACUUUCGUCAACCUGGUCAAGGAGCAGGCAGAGCUGAAGAUCAGGGCCAGCGAGCUGCGGACCAAGGAGGAGCAGCUGGCAGCGGAGAGGGAGGCUCUGGAGCGGGAGCGGCAAGAGCUGCAGCUGGAGAAGGAGAGGGUCAGCGCCGCCGCCCUGCGCAUCAGGCUCCGUGCGGAGGAGGUGGAGAGGAUGAGCCAGGUGGCCUCAGAGAAGUACGAGGAGGGGGAGCAGGCGCUGCGUGAAGCCCGGCAGGUGCAGUCGGAGCAGCAGGCCCGGCUGCAGCUGGUGCGGCGGCAGCAGGAGUGGCUGCAGCAGCAGGAACAGCACGUGCACCAGGAGCAUCUGAGUCUGGCCCAGCAGAGGCUGCAGCUGGACCGUGUCCGACAGGACCUGCCGUCGGGCCCUGUGGGGCUGUUCUCCAGGGCCCAGGGCCUGGCAGCCUCCGGCCCGAGUGGCUUCUCAGCCGUGGUUCCCGCCCCCGCCAGUCCUCAGGGCAGCCGGCCGCCCGCCAGCCUGGGCCCCUCGCUGCUGCACGCCAAGCUGGUGCUGCUGAAACACACAGCGGAGCAGGCUCUGCACGGAAAACUGUGUGCACUAGAAGCCUUGCCUCUCCCCCGCCCUGCAAGGACCGAGACUUCUUGGAGAAUGAACAGUUCUUCCUGGAGACGCUGAAGAAAGCCUCCUACAACGUGAUCUCUCAUUCGGCCUGAAGGCCCCACUGCCACCUCUGCAGAGGACUAGGACCCUGGCCCCGUCCCCACCUCCCCGCCGGCCGCCAGCUCCGGGGAGGGGCCGCCCGGACCUGACAACAGCUCUGCCUGCGGACGGGGUGGACAGGGUGCGGGCCUCCUUUCCGAGCGCGCCCCCUCGCCGCUGAGGCGGGCAGGCGCCCCCCGUGCCUCUAGCGUCUGCGGUACGAUGGCCUCUGGGGGGACACAGCGCUGAGGGUGUCUCAGCUCCAACGCACCGUCAGCCUCAGCUUUGGUUCUCUUGCGCUGUGGACGUCCAGCUCAGACCCCAGGACCUGACUGGGCUCCGUGGACCCCGGCCUUUGGGGGGUCUUCUCAAGGGAUGCCCCAGCAACCUUCCGCCCUCUCCGCCCGAGAGGCCGGCAGAGGCAGCACCGUGUCCCGUCCACUGUAAUGGGGUCAGGGAGUGGGACCACACGUUUGGAAGGAUCUUCUCUCCUGCUGGUCAGGGGCGGAGGGUGAGGGGCGGGCAGGGUGCCGUGCCUGGCCAGCCUUGACCUCACAGCCAGCCCUUCACGCCCUUGGGCGGGCUCACGCCAAGGCCCCGCUCGUUCCCACCUGCCUGAGUGACCAGCUUGGCGUGGUCACUGGCCUUGUCGGCUUUUCCUAAUAGGCACCCCGG